UUGCCGUUGGUCGUUGGUUCCUUCUCCUUUUGCCUCUCGUUUCAAAUAAGAGGACGAAACCGCAUCGGAUAGAAGCAUCGGUAGCGACGGCAUGGCCUCCGCUUCCCUUCUUAUCCCCUCCCCUUCCCCACUCUCUCGUCGUCUCCCGUCUCCUCACCGCCUCGCCCUUUCGCCUCUUCGCCUACCCCAUAGCCCCCGUCUUCGCUCCCCUCGUCCGUUGGCCGUCGCCGCCUCCUCCUCCCCCUCCCCACUCCAAGCCCUCAUCUUUGACUGCGACGGCGUCAUCCUCGAAUCGGAGCACCUCCACCGCCAGGCCUACAACGAUGCCUUCGAACACUUCGCCGUCCGUUGCCCCCCAUCCUCCUCCCAGCCUCUUCACUGGGGUUCCGAGUUCUACGACGAGCUCCAGAACCUCAUCGGCGGUGGCAAGCCCAAGAUGAGAUGGUACUUCGGUGAGAAUGGGUGGCCUUCUUCUUCUAUCUUUGAGACACCUCCAGCCAGUGAUUCAGACAGGGAAAAGUUGGUCGACGUCCUCCAGGAUUGGAAGACCGAAAGGUACAAAGAAAUAAUUAGAUCUGGCUCUGUCGAGCCUCGACCCGGUGUUUUGCAAUUAAUGGAUGAUGCCAAGGGUGCGGGUAUUAAGGUUGCUGUUUGCUCUGCAGCAACAAAGAGUUCAGUUAUUCUGAGCUUAGAGAAUCUUCUUGGACUAGAGAGAUUCCAAGGACUUGACUGCUUCCUUGCAGGUGAUGAUGUCAAAGCCAAAAAACCUGAUCCAUUGAUAUAUAUUACGGCUUUAAAGACAUUAGGUUUGCAAGCAAGGAACUGUUUGGUCAUAGAGGAUAGUGUCAUUGGACUUCAGGCAGCAAGUGGGGCUGGAAUGUCAUGUAUAAUUACAUAUACAUCUUCUACCGCCAACCAGGACUUCAGUGAUGCAAUUGCGACGUACCCGGAUUUGAGUAAUGUGAGGCUUGAGGACCUUAAAUUGUUACUUCAAAAUGCUCUUGUUGCUUCUGGCUAGAUGAAUCUGUCUGAUUUCUUCGUCAAUUUCAGCCGGUUACUUCCAUUGCCAAACCCGGCUCAUGGUUACCUGUUCAUAUUUACCAAUAGUCCAAUAUUAUGUGGGGCAGUUGAUUGAAGUUCCAAGUCGGAAGAAUGUUAAUGUAACACUUUUAUUUCAUUUCCGAUUGGCCUGUCCUAUAUUCUGGAUAGCUUUAUGAACAUUCUUAUCCAUGCAUUCCUUUCAAAUGCUGGAAUUAACAUCUACUUGAUGUA